CGAUUAUCGGACGCGAGAGCUGAAUGCGAAGCUGGGCAACAUACCACCUUCCUGGGACGCCUGUAAGUGCGGAGCAUUCUUCGGGCUCGCCGUUCAAGCCACCAGCCCCCCCGAGGUUCGAAACCGCAGUCGAUACAAGUGGCAGCCUGCUGCCUCCAUAGCCAGAGCAGUAAGACGAUGGCCGACCGGCCUAACACACCGGUGCCCACGAUGGCUGACAUAGAAAAUCCGAUUGAAGACGCGCAGUCCUCUGGAGAGCAGGCCGUCGACCUCGAAGCGAUUGAACAGCAGGCCGUCGCCGCGGCGGCCGCCAAGCUGACGCGCCCCACGACGCGCCUCGCCAACGACGUGCUCCUACUCAUCGCGACGCGCGGGACGGCCAGAGACCUGGGCAAGGCCCAGGUCGUGAGCCGCGGUUGGCAGGCGGCCGCGCGCCGCGAGGUGACUCUGCGGACGGCCGGCCGCGUCCUGAACGUCUUCGCGGAGAAGCCCGCCUACCUGCGGAGUAUAGAAAUACUGGACGACGUCGUCGGGCCAAGACAGGAGGGCAGCUGGCGGGAUAGGUGGCCGGAGUUGCAGUAUGCCAAGUUCCUAAGGGUCGACGAAUCCUUGGCCUUGCACGACCGCGAAACGGUGCUCCAGUUGUUUCGAGCCAAUAUUCACGUCGUCGACAGUGCACAAAUCACACUUUUGCUUCUCCACGCCAUCGAGCGGGCGUCGCGUCGAUGGCGUGGCAGACGGUUCUCUGACCGCGUGACUUGGCCAGCACGGCCGCGUCAUCGCCGCGAAAUGAUUUGGUGAAGAGUUAUCGUACACACCCGACUCACUGGUUGAUUUACGCGCAGGUCAUCGAAGCCGAGCUCGCCAAGAUCCGCGAGUCCAUCGACUGGAAAGUGGAAUCGGGCUGGCCGCGGACGCUGGCCGAGGACUAUACGCUAAUCAUGACGCAUUUCAAGGCGGCGCUGGGCGACAGCGUGAGCGAGGCGUCGCGGGACUUCGCCGCGGCGGUGCAUUUGCUGAGAGAUGCGUUGACGCUGCGGGCGCCGCUCGAGGCCGUGGCGCCCGACGCGUACACGGACCUCGACGGCACCUACGGGAUGAAGACGAACGAUGGCGCUUGGGCCGCGCUGACGCCGGACGCCGCGCCGGGCGUCUCCUUCGUGACGCACGCGCCCCUCGAGGCGAGCGCGCACCCCCGCUGCCUCUCGGACGCGGGCUUUUCCGCCGCGGUGGUCCUCAACACCGGGAUCGACUACGCGCCGAUGGACUCGGACAUCGUGCGCUUCCGGUCGCGGGGCCGGGCGGGCGGCAAGCACCGGUCCCUCGUGCGCACCGCGGCGACGCCGUCGGAGCGGCAAUACGACCUACCGCCGCUGUCGCGCGUCACCCUGGAGCGCAUCGACGAGGCCGGGAGCUGGACGGAGUUCGGAAGGAUGCCGCACCGGCGGCUGUAUACGGUCGUCGUGGAGUUCUUGGCGUAAGGGAUUUGUAGUGUA